AAAAUAACUUUGACCUCUUUUAUACUUCGAUGAGUUUAACUAUUAAAUAUGUGGGUGUCAGCUUUAGACCGCAACAUUAUACUAAAAUUAACUGCGUUGAACAGUUUGGCUUACAUGAACUGGCUCGAAAGUUGACAGCGAUGAAAGAAAAUUCAAAUUAACUAGAAAGAAUUUGAAGACAAAAACGACUUCACAUUUGAAAAUACAGGUAAUAGAAAAAAGAAACAGACCAGAACGUCAAGAAAUGGCUCAGGCAUCUGGUCAGAAACACAAACAUCAUGAAAGAACUGAAUCACAAACUCAACCGCCUAUGGCAUUGACAUCUUUAGAUGUUAUAUCACUAUAUUCUGAGAGUGAGUCAGCUGAAGAAGAGAGUUAUGGAGAUGAAGAACCCCAAAUUAGAAGAAUAGAGAGAGUGAAGCUACAGAAAUCAGCUCCACAACCAGAAGGUCAAGAAAUGGCUCAGGCAUCUGGUCAGAAACCCAAACAACCUGAAAGAACAGAAACACAAAUUCAACAGUCUCCGACAUCGAUAAAUAUUUUAGAUAUGUUCCUAAAUAAAUCUGCCUUAGAUGGUUUUACCAACAAGAAUAGAAUAUCUGAUAAGAAAUGGAUUGAGGAAAACAUAAAACUAAGAAACCCUACAGAUGAAGUGGCAUCAAAACCCUGUGACGCAUUUGGUAAAAUAAAGUUUACAGGACAUAAUCAGGAAAAUGCAAUGUUUGUUCGUGUGGAUCACAAAACCCAGAUGGAGAUUAUGAUGUGUUUGAUAAAAUCUACAUGGAGCUGUAAUUUACCAGGUUUGCUUAUUUCUGUGAUUGGAGGAAGAGAUGACAUUCAGUUGAACAAAUCUACUAAAGAAGCUGUUCGGCAUGGUUUAUACAAAGCUGCAAGAACCAUAGAUACAUGGAUCAUAACUGAAGGCUUACAUACUGGAGUUGCGAAAUAUAUUGGGGAAGUUAUACAUGGUAAAGAAAGUAAAGCGGUUGCCACGAAUGGAGUGACAACGCUUGGUAUUGCACCAUGGAACUGUGUGCGGAAGAAAAAACCCCUAGUGAAUAAGGAGGGAUCAUGGCCUGCAGAAUAUUCCGUACCAGUUGGUUCUAACAAGGGAAAGUAUGCCUUGGAUCCUAAUCAUUCACAUUUUAUCCUUGUUGAUGAUGGUACCAAAGACACUUUUGAAGAAAUAAUUAAAUUCAGAAAAGAGUUAGAAUAUUCUAUUUCACAAGAGAAAAUCCCGAAGCAAGAAAAUGUCAAAAUUCCAGCUGUUGUAGUAAUGGUUGGAGGUGGACAUGAAACUCUGAAGUCAGUUUUGGAUUCAAUAUCAUACAAGAUCCCAGUUGUAAUAGUAAAGGGAUGUGGUCGAGCAGCAGACUUUAUGGCAUUUGCUAACCAAACGAAAUUUGAAUAUGUAGACGAAGAUGAUGGGAAACUGAAAGCUGAUAUCAGAGAGAAAAUUACUAAAGAAUUUGGAAAGGAAUGUGAAAAAAAUGUGAUAGAUAACAUGGUUGACUAUGUGUUGGAGUCCCUAAAACGACCAAACUUGAUAAGUGUUUAUGAUACAGAUUCAGCUGAAGACUUUGAUAUAGCAAUUUUCAAAGCUGUGUUCAAAGCGCAGAACAACAAAUUAGAGAAUAUGAGGCUUUCAUUUGUGUGGGACAGAAGUUUUAUCGUAAAAAGUCUCAUAUUUGAAGAAGAGAUUCAGCGGAAAGAAGAUGAUAUUGACACUUCAGAAAAAGAGAGAUCUGUCACUAAGAAAAAAAUUAAUUCAUGUGAUGAAUUUGGUGAGGUAAAGUUUGAAAAAGGUAACCCGAAAAUUGCGAAGAUUGAUUACAGGAAUCACCACACCCCUAUGGAAAUUAUAAUUCACUUGUUAAUGCAUCGAUGGUGUAUAUCCUCAUUGCCAAGUUUACUUAUUUCUGUGAUUGGAGGAAAAGAAGACUUCCAGUUGAAUCAAUUUACUAAAGAAGCUCUUGGACGUGGCUUGGUUAAAGCAACAAGAGACAAAGAUGUCUGGAUCAUAAGUGAAGAUUUACAUACUGGAGUUGAGAAAUGUGUUGAAGAAGCUAUAACUGACAAGACAUCUAAGAGUAACUGUCAUAGUAUUGGUAUUGUACCACAAAACUGUGUAAAAGACAUGAAAACCAGAAGAUGGCAGAAUUAUAGAAGAGAUGAUUCCAACACAAGAAUGUUUGACUUGAAUCUUGAUCAUUCACAAUUUAUCUUUGUUGAUGAGAGUACUCCAGAUGAGUUCAGAAGAAAGUUUGAAAAUGCUAUUGCAGAAAUGAAUAUCCCAGAGACAGAAGUCAAGAUUCCAGCUGUUGCAGUAAUGAUCAGAGGUGGACCUGAAACUCUGAAGUCAGUUCUUGACUCAAUAUCACGCAACAUCCCAGUUGUAAUAGUAAAGGAUUCUGGUCGAGCAGCAGACAUUAUGGCAGAUGCUUACCAAACAAAACUUGAAAAUGCAAAUGAAGAAGAUGACAGGAAACUGAAAGGUGACAUCAGAGAGAAAAUUAUUAAAGAAUUUGAAAAGGAACUGAAAGGAAAUGUGAUAGAUAACAUGGUUGACUAUGUGUUGGAGUCCCUAAAACAUUCAAACUUGCUGACUGUUUAUGAUACAGAUUCAGUGGAAAAAUUUGAUCUAACAAUGUUCAAAGCUGUAUUCAAAGCAAAGAACAACAACGAAAAUAUGAGGCUCGGAUUGGCAUGGAACAAAACUGAUGUUGUAAAACGUGUAAUAUUUAAAGACGAAGCUCACUUGGAAGAUGUAAAGAAAUGGGUGCAGGAAAACAUAAAAUUUAGAAACACUGGAGAUGAAGAGGCAUUAAAUCCCUGUGAUGCAUUUGGUGAGGUAAAGUUUGUAGAACAUGAUCAGAAAAUUGCAAAGUUUGUUCGUGUGGAUAACCAAACCCCUCCGGAAAUUAUAAUUCAUUUGAUAAUAUAUCAAUGGAAUUGCUCAUUGCCAAACUUGCUUAUUUCUGUGAUUGGAGAAAGAGAAGACGUCCAGUUGAAUGAACCUACUAAAGAAGCUCUCGGGCAUAGUUUGGUUAAAGCUGCAAGAGAAACAGAUGCCUGGAUCAUAACUGAAGGUUUACAUACUGGAGUUGCAAAACAUAUUGGGGAAGCUAUACAUGAUAAUGAAAGUAAAGUGGCUGCCAUGAAUGAAGUGAAAACUAUUGGUAUUGCACCAUGGAACCGUGUACAAAACAAAGAAUCCCUAGUGAAUAAGGAGGGAUCGUGGCCUGCAAACUAUUCUAACGGAGGAAAGUAUGCCUUGGAUCCUAAUCAUACACAUUUUAUUCUUGUUGAUGAUGGUACCAAAGACACUUUUGGGGUAGAAAUUGAAUUUAAAAAACAGUUAGAAGAUACUACUUUACAAAACAUAAGGCGAGGAGCCACGAUUCCAGCUGUUGCAGUAAUGGUUGGAGGGGAGCUUCAAACUCUGAAGUCAGUUUAUGAUUCACUAUCACGCAACAUCCCUGCUAUAAUAGUAAAGGGUUCUGGCCAAGCAGCAGACAUUAUGGCAUACGCUUACGAAACACUACUUAAGAAUGACGAAGAGGCCAAAGAAAUAACUGAUGGAUCAAUUCUAAGGCAACUGAGAGCCGAUAUUAAAGACAAGUGGGGCGAAAAUGGUAAACAUGACUUGGUUGAUUGCGUAUGUGAUUCCAUGAAACAUUUGGAUUUGAUAACUGUCUGUGAUAUACAAUCACCAGAAGACUUUGAUAUCGCAAUCAUGAAAGCUGUGUUCAAAGGAAGAAAAGAAUUGAAAGAAGUUCCACUUUCAUCGGAGAGAAAGAAAAUUGAUAGUCUUCUGAAUAGCAUAUUUUCUGACGGAACGCAGUGGCAACGUGGAAGAAGAGUGAAGAAUAAUGAAUCACCUGAUAUGUUUUGGCGAAGAAUUGAUAUAAAGAAAUGGAUGCAGGAAAACAUAAAAUUGAGAAACGUUGGAGAUGCAGAGAUGCCAUAUCCCUGUAAUGCAUUUGGUGAAGUAAAGUUUGUAGAAGAUGGUUGGAAUACUGCAAAGUUUGUCCGUGUGAAUCACAAAAUCUCUAUGGAAACUACGAUUCAUUUGAUAAAACGCCUAUGGUAUUCAUCAUUGCCAAACUUACUUAUUUCUGUGAUUGGAAGAAGAGAAGACUUCCAGUUGGAUCCAUUUGCUAGAGAAGCUCUUGGGCGUGGUUUGGUUAAAGCUGCAAAAAUCACAGGUGCCUGGAUCAUCAGUGAUGGCUUACAUACUGGAGUUGCAAAACAUAUUGGGAAGGCUAUACAUGAUAAUGAAGGUGCAAUCAUUGGCAAGAAAGUGGUAACAAUUGGUAUUGCUCCAUGGAACUGUGUACAAAACAAGGAAUCCCUAGUGAAUGAAGAGGGAUCAUGGCCUGCAGAAUAUGAGAUAAAACAUGACAAUAACCCAACACCAUCUGCUUUGGAUCCUAAUCAUUCACAUUUUAUCCUUGUUGAUAAUGGUACCCAAGAAACUUCUGGAGUAGAAACGGAGUUCAGAAAAAAUUUAGAAAAUGCUAUUUUACAAAAGAAAAUCCCAAAGAAUAAAGCGAUCAUGAUUCCAGCUGUUGCAGUAAUGGUUGAAGGUGGACCGGGCAUUCUGAAGUCAGUCAUUGACUCAAUAUCACGCAACAUCCCAGUUGUAGUAGUAAAGGUCAGUAAAUAGACUAUUCUGUAAAU